AUGCCGUCGCACAGCUCCGCUGGUCACGGCCAGGUGAUCGAGUACAUUCAGGAUCGCCUGUAUCUUGCCUCGUACUCAUCCACACCGGAUCCCUACGCUGCAUUUCCAUUCCCGACCCAGGCAUCUUCUCCAUCCAAGCGAUCGGCAAAAGCAUCGCAAAGCCCCGUACGAGCCGCAAAACACAAAUUCCCGGUCUAUUUUACCGUGGAUGACACUCUCCUGUACAACGCAUUCCACGCGGAUUUCGGUCCAUUACACAUCGGCCAUCUGUACCGAUUCGCCGUUCACUUCCAUGAGAUCCUAGGCGACCCAGCGAAUGCUGAGAAGCCUGUGGUUUUCUACAGCAAGCUCGAUCCUCGGAGCCGGGCGAAUGCUGCGUGCUUGGUCGCGUGCUAUAUGGUGCUGAUUCAGUCGUGGCCUCCCCAUCUGGCUCUGGCGCCUAUUGCUCAGGCCGAUCCUCCAUACAUGCCUUUCCGCGAUGCGGGAUACAGCCAGGCGGAUUUCAUCCUGAACAUUCAAGAUGUCGUAUAUGGUGUGUGGAAAGCCAAGGAAGAGUCUCUGUGUGGAUUGAAAGAUUUUAGCCUGGAGGAGUAUGAGCGUUAUGAACGAGUUGAUAUGGGCGAUUUCAACUGGGUUACUCCAAACUUCAUUGCAUUUGCUUCACCCCAACAACGGCCCGUUGCUCCUAUCCCCACCAACACUCCCGAAUACGCGGCUCUGCCAUCGACAGUAUCUGAAGUUCUAUCUUCUAAGCUUCCCGUGCCAUUCAAGAAUGUCUUGACGCAUUUCUCAUCGAGAGACGUCGGUCUGGUAGUGCGACUCAACUCUGAGCUUUACUGUCCAUCAUAUUUCACUGCGCUCGGCAUCAAUCACAUCGAUAUGAUCUUCGAGGAUGGAACGUGCCCACCACUCCCAUUGGUUCGACGAUUCAUUAAGAUGGCACAUGAAAUGAUCGCCGUUCAGAAGAAAAACAUUGCCGUGCACUGCAAAGCCGGAUUGGGCCGUACCGGUUGUCUGAUCGGUGCAUACUUGAUCUACCGACACGGAUUCACCGCGAAUGAAAUCAUCGCUUUUAUGAGGUUCAUGCGUCCUGGUAUGGUGGUCGGGCCACAACAACACUGGCUGCACCUCAACCAGGGUGCUUUCCGAGAGUGGUGGUUCGAGGAUACUAUGCGGGAGAAGUUGGCCUUGACGGUGCCCGUUACACCCGGCCGACAAGUCAACAAGCAGCGUUCCAGCAAUGGACAGACCAUCACACCUCCCCAGCACAACGGUCAUUCCAAGAGGUCUGCCCUAGGAGAGAUUGACAACAACGAAGCUUCCAACUCUAACACCGACGAAAACUUGCCUGCGCCCACACCUGGACAACCUCGCAAGUCCCAUCGCAAAGAUUCUCGUCAUCAUCCUUACGCCCGAAAUGUUUCAGGCUCACUAGCUAUCAGUGCAGAAACGGAUAAAGCCGCUGGUAAACGAACUCAACGUGCGGGAACUGAACAAAGUGAAAGCGAAGAAGAAAUUCAGAUGCGGUUACUUGCCAAACGGGCCUCGCGAUCCCCCAGUGCUUCUCCAAAGACACGAUCAAUCAGCUACUCCACAACAGUCACUACCAGCUACGAAGUUCACGAAGACCGGGAAAACUGGGUCGAAUCUGCGGUUAUCACACAGAAAACCCCCACCAGCAGAGGAGCUAUUGCCAUGAGCAAAGUUCGCUCCAGUCCCCGCCGAGUCACCGACAGCAAAAGCGAAACCAAGGGUGUCCGCAAAGUCAGCGGCCGAGUGGGCAGCGUCGGAACGGCUUCCCCGACGAGGGUGAAGUAA